AUGCGAAACAAUGAAACCGAAAUACUGUCGGUACAAUUAGAUGGAAGCCCCGAUCGUCACAGCAUCCGCAACUCCCCAUCUCUCAAUUUUCGUGAAAACAUCGACGAUGACGAUAUGAUCUUGAUUCUUCAGACGACAUUACAAGCAAAUGAAAGAGCUUGCAAUAUCUCCGUCCCGGAUAACGAUGACUUCCACAACUUCUCCGAGUGCAAACUCGUUUCCCACAUCGGAGAACUGAGCGAUAUGGUUGCGAUCGCAGAGUACCAAACCGUGUGUCGCGGAGAUUCGGGGAGUCCCAUGGUCUUCCCGUCCCUUGACUCUAAGGGAAGCAUCUGGCGUGCGGAGGGGAUUGUGAGUCACUACCUCAACCCCAGAAUAUGGAAGGAGAGCAUCAUUGUGGGACUUUCAUGUCCCCACCAGAAGGAAAAAGAUGACAUAUCCGGCUCAGAAGAUUCCGCUCCUAGCAACCCACAGCGAUUUCGACGUCAGCCUUCUAUCAAGAGUGAAACAGUGUUUUGA